AUGUUUAUCAUCAAAACAAUAUGGUCAUUGAUGAAGAAGAUGCCUAGAGUCAUCUCACUAGUCCUGUUGUUCAUCAACAUCUUUCUUCUGGCGUUCUUGCUUCUGGGCUGCACAAACAUUGGGGAUAUAUACUCAUCGACGUAUCUCAUCGAAUACACCUUCAACAAAUCAUCACCAAUCUAUCCAUUGAUUCGGGACUCGUAUGCUUCUAAGAAUCUUUCUGGGUAUGAAACCUUGUCAGUCCGUGCCUCUUACCUGUCCCUCUGUAUAUAUAUUGAGGGGUACGACAUGCAAUGUACAUCACGGUCAGAUCUAGACACCUUUGCAAGAACAACAGCAGUGGAGAUUUACCAAGUCAAUUCAAAUGCCAGUGCAGUAUCACUCGAUAUAGUGGAGCUGGCAUCCACUUUUUCCAAUGACAUUGUCCACCCAUAUAUUCUCAUUGUUAGUGUGAUAUUCACCAUUAUUCUGUUCCUCAUGUUGUUCUAUAUCGUUAUCCCAGAGCUACCCGGUAAAACAAUGCUAACGAGAGUUGUCCUGUUACUAUCUUGCAUAGUGACAUUGCUUUGGUCCAUUGGCUCAAUCUGGGCACACGUUGCAGUUGAUGCCGGCAAGAACUUAACUCAAGAAGCCAGUAUGGGGAUCAUCAAAGCUGAGGUCGGGAGCAAGGCAGAGUCGAUGACAUGGGUCCCAUUUUCAUUUAACCUGGUUGUGGUUGUUACCUUGUUCUAUUUAUACUUCAGGGAUUUGAAGCAGAACCAAAAAGAGAAUAGCAGCCAACUCAACGUUGACUAUAAAGUCUAG